AUGUAUGCAGGGAUGACGUCCAACACUCUGCCAUCCUCCCCAACGAUUGGGGGCACUAGUGUUCCCCCCGGCAAGUGGGCAGACCUUGCGAAAGAAUCGCCCUGGAUACGGAGUCAAAGACAUGUGCAAAGGAAGGGCACGUUGCUGAACUCGAUGAGUUUCCUGCCGCUGAUCCGCGAACCGACGAUCAGACCACCAGGCAGAACUGGGAAAGGAAAACAACCGUGGACGGGAAUGUCUUUCAAUCACUUGAUGGCCCAGCAAAAGUGCAAUGCCGAGGCUCUCCUGGCUCAAGCGACUGGGGAACUACAAGAGGGGGACCAAGCAUGCCGACACUGUCAAGAUGGCAAAGGAAUUCUUCACGGUUGUGUCCGUGUUCCUAAUGAGAAAUAUUGUGCCAAUUGCCAUCUUUGCAGCGCAAAAAAACGCUGUAGUUUUCAGAGUGAAACCGGUCUUGUCCCUCCCAGCUCUACCAUGGUCUCUGCACAGCCGGUUGAAGAACAAUCAUCUUCCCUCGCCUUGCCAGAGCUCACCCAGCUCCUUAAACAAGCUACAAACGAGAAAAGGAUACUCGAGGGACUUCUUACAGAGAAGAUUGCAGAGAUAGAGCGUCUAGAGGAUAUUAUUAAAGUCAAGAAUGAGCUAGAGUUGCUUUGA